AUGUGGAUUUACCAGGUGGUUUUCGGACUCUUCGUCCUGUCUUUCUGCGAGAGCAGAAGAAAUGCGCUGCAGGACUACCAGAAGAGCGACGGCGUACGGCUGGCUGCCGUCUCUCCCGACCCUUCCCACCUCUCCAAGAGCAAGAAACUGAGCUUGGCGAAGUGUGCCAGAGGCUGCAGCCGCAACAAGAGAAUCCCCUUCCCCUGCAGAGCCUUCGUGUAUGAUCAUAAAAACAGGAAAUGCCAGUGGCUGUCCUUUGACAGGAACUCGCCAGGAGCCCAGAGCCAGCAGGACUUAAACUACCAACUCUAUCAGAAGAAAGACUAUGUGAGGGAGUGCAUUGUGGGUACAGGCCAGAGUUACAGGGGUCGGAGGUCGGCGACGGUGACUGGAAUCCUGUGCCAGGCGUGGGCUUCCUCUAUCCCUCAUGAACACAAGUUCAUGUCUAAGAGGUACAGGAAGAAGGACCUCCGAGAAAACUACUGCCGCAACCCCGACAACGCCACCGCUGGACCGUGGUGCUUCACCACUGACCCCCGCCCACACCUCAGACACCAGGAGUGCGGCAUACCACAGUGUUCACAGGUGGAGUGUAUGACCUGCAAUGGGGAAAAUUACAGAGGACCCAUGGACCACACGGAGAGCGGAAAAGAAUGCCAGCGCUGGGACCUGGAGGACCCUCACAGGCACCUGUACCACCCCACAAGAUAUCCGGACAAGGGUUUGGAUGAUAACUACUGUAGGAACCCAGAUGGCCGUCACAGACCCUGGUGUUUCACCACGGACCCACACGCGCCAUGGGAGUACUGCAACAUUAAAGUCUGUGCAGAGGCCGUUGAAAGUACUGUGGAGGAGACGAGCGAGUGCUAUCAUGAACGAGGAGAGGGCUACAGGGGCACCGUUGACUCGACGCCCACUGGACUCACCUGCCAGCGGUGGGACUCCCACUACCCCCACAACCACACGUUCAACCCUCAAAACUACCCCUGCAAGGACCUGAGGGAGAACUACUGCCGGAACCCAGAUGGCCAGGACUUCCCAUGGUGCUUCACCACAAACCCCAGAGUACGCUCGAUGUUCUGUACCAGCAUCCCCCAGUGUGGUGCCCAGAAAACCAAGGCCGAUGACUGCUACGAGGACACUGGAGAGAAUUACAGAGGAAAGAAGUCGAGGACCAGGUCAAACCUGCCCUGUGCUCCCUGGACAGACUACAGCAACAGUGGAGAGAGCGAUACACUAAUGGCUGGCCUGGAGGGAAGCUACUGCAGAAACCCUGACAGAGACAAGCACGGUCUCUGGUGUCAUACCAACAGCUCUGCCAUACCCUGGGACUACUGCAGUGUCAAGCCAUGUGAAGUCUCCCAAAACACCAUUCCACCAGCUGAGUUGUCCCCUGUGGUGUGUUUUGUCCAUAAAAGACCAAGGAUAGUGGGGGGAGGUCCGGCGAGCGUGUCAGACGGUAGCUGGAUGGUCAGCAUACAGCGAGGGUCCGUGCACUGGUGUGGAGGGACACUCAUACGAGAAGAGUGGGUGCUCACUGACAGACAGUGCUUUUCCUCUUGUGUCCCCGAUCUGACUGAAUAUCGGAUCUGGCUGGGAGUUUCCGACCUCAAAGAGGGGUCUCCUGAUUGGUCCAAUAAACAGGAAGUCAGUCUGGCUCAUGUGAUCUGUGGUCCCGAGGGCUCCAACUUAGCCCUCAUAAGGCUGUCUAAGCCGCCCUUCCCUGCAGACAAUGUCCAUACAAUUCAGCUGCCUGUGGCUGGGUGCUCCAUCCCGGAUGGAACAAUCUGUAAAAUGUACGGAUGGGGAGAGACCAAAGAUACCGGCUAUGAUAACGUGUUGAAGGUGGUCGACCUGCCCAUUGUGAGGAACGACCGGUGUCGGGAGAUGCACAGAGGGAGCCUCCACAUCACCAACACCAAGAUCUGUGCAGGCGGGAGGAGGAACGAGGGAGUGUGUGAGAGGGAUUAUGGAGGCCCUCUGGUUUGCCGGGACGGCGAGAGCAAGGUGAUUAUAGGAGUGAGUAUCCAUGGCAGGAGCUGUGCCCGCGCCAACCAGCCUGGCAUCUUCAUCAACGUGCCGUUCUACACACAGUGGAUCCACAAGGUCUUCAAAUACUAUCCCAACACCGAACUCAUCUAGAGAGCCGCCACCCGGGACCGAAGCACAACCGGGCUAAGUCAAAGAACGGACUCUUAUUCUCCUGAGGAGCCACCCAGAUGCCUGACUUCUAUAAUGUGCAUAACUAAGCCAGAACCGGAGGAAAUGGUCUGGGCCAUGAGCUAUUGUUAUGGGGAAGUACCGUGUACUUGCAUUUUGACACAACGUCAACAGAAUGGUCACACUAACUGUGACACAGUCAUGGAUGGUCAUUGGCACUUUACAAGGUAAAAAUGAAGUAUUGCUUUAGAUCCAGGCGUAGCAAAAGACCAGCUAGGAGAGGGCAGCUGACAAUAAAAGACGGGACCUCAUACAAAACCACGGUUAGAUCAGUUCUGCGAGUACCACCGGGAUCAGAGCCGGACAUAGUCGCACUCGGAAAAGCAGCGAAUAUUUUGUUUUCAUACAGAACGUUCAUUCGUCAUUGCUUUAGUAGCAAGCAUAUCUGUUGAUGUUGUAUGUGUGCGUGUGAAUACACUCUUGACUCCUGACAUUACUUGAAUGUAUUGGACACCAAAGGGCAGCGGUCCAGUGGCUCUCUCUGUAGAGGCACCAGAGGACCACUUAGAGACCGAUCCAGUGACGGGGCACCGCAAAGGAUGCUUAAAAGAUACAUUCACUUUUUUUUUUGUUGCAUAGACCUCAUUAAAACGCUGUUGGCCAUCAUUUAGUAUCAGAUAAUUAAAAAAAAUAAUCACAAAUCACUUCAGCUUUGAGAAACAUACCACUCUAGAAAAAAUCUCCCUCUCACCCUUUUUCGGGUGGUGUGUGUCUUCCUGGGGUCCUCUACCAGAGGCCUGGGAGCUUGAGGGUUCUGAGCAGCAUCUUAGCUGUUCCUAGGACCACACUCUUCUGGACAGAAACCUCAGAUGUUGUUCCUGGAAUCUGCUGGAGCCACUCUUCUAGUUUGGGGGUCACAGCCCCUAGUGCUCCUAUUACCACUGGCACUACUGUGGAUUUCACCUUCCACAUCCAAUCUAGUUCUUCCCUCAG